AAAAAAUCAAACAAAGCCAGUGGCUGAGCGACUGGCGUAUAUUGCGAAGGACCAAGAUCCCCACUCGCUCUCAUUCUCACGCGCCCCUUUCUCUCUCUUCUUUCUUUCUCUUUCUCUCUCCUCUUCCCCCUUCUUCUUUCUUCUGCUUCUUCUUUCUUCUUCGUCGAGUGUGAAACCAAACCCUCCCCAAAUUGUGUCAAGCUCUACUGAUCUUUAAUUUCUGGGAAGGGUUAGGGUUAUCCCUAAUCGGGAUAUCUUUAUCCUGAUUCGGAAAUCGAAGCGGAGAGAAGAUGGGGAUGAAUUCGAUAACCUCGGAGUCGAACAACGACCUCGAUGAGCAGAUCUCGCAGCUCAUGCAGUGCAAGCCGCUCUCCGAACAACAGGUUAGAACAUUAUGUGAGAAGGCCAAAGAGAUCUUAAUGGAAGAAAGCAACGUUCAGCCUGUUAAAAGCCCUGUGACAAUUUGCGGUGAUAUUCACGGGCAAUUUCAUGACCUUGCUGAACUUUUUCGAAUCGGAGGGAAGUGUCCAGACACCAAUUAUUUGUUUAUGGGAGACUAUGUGGACCGUGGGUAUUAUUCUGUGGAGACUGUGACGCUUCUUGUGGCCCUAAAAGUUCGUUAUCCUCAGCGUAUUACAAUUCUUAGAGGAAACCAUGAGAGUCGUCAGAUUACUCAAGUUUAUGGGUUUUAUGAUGAAUGUCUCCGAAAGUAUGGCAAUGCCAAUGUCUGGAAGAUCUUUACAGACCUUUUUGACUAUUUUCCACUGACUGCAUUGGUUGAGUCGGAAAUAUUUUGUCUGCAUGGUGGAUUGUCCCCUUCCAUUGAAACCCUUGAUAGCAUACGGAAUUUUGAUCGUGUUCAAGAGGUUCCUCAUGAAGGGCCCAUGUGUGAUCUGUUAUGGUCUGACCCAGAUGACCGUUGUGGCUGGGGUAUUUCUCCUCGUGGUGCUGGAUAUACUUUUGGCCAGGACAUAUCUGAACAAUUCAAUCAUACAAACAACUUAAAGCUUAUUGCAAGAGCGCAUCAGUUGGUUAUGGAUGGAUUUAACUGGGCCCAUGAGCAAAAGGUGGUUACUAUAUUUAGUGCACCUAAUUACUGCUAUCGCUGUGGGAACAUGGCUUCUAUUUUGGAAGUCGAUGACUGCAAGAACCACACUUUCAUUCAGUUUGAACCAGCUCCUAGGAGAGGAGAGCCCGACGUCACGCGUAGAACUCCGGAUUACUUCUUAUAAGGUGGUUGAAACGCUCGCUGUUAUUCUAGUUACUUAUUCCACUCAUGUUCUGGUGGUUGUGCAAGAUGACUCAGGUUUAGAAUCUACGGUUCUACCUUCUGAUGGUUUUGUGGGAUAGGAUCUAUCAAAAAUAGAACAUAAGCUCUGCCUACUGAUUUGUCUUACACUUGAAACAUCGCUGGAUUUUGCGUCAAGAGAGAUCGCCAAGAUGAUUGUUUUAGUCUGUAUCAUAUCCAGCAGAAAUAUGUGGAUAUGUACUCUCUUUUUUUGUUCUUUUUUGUUUCUUCCCCAUUUUUCCUUGCCUCGUUGUUUAUGUCACCCUUCCCCAUUCUUUGAUGGUUUGAGUAUGGGUGAAUGGAUUUUAUAAUUAGUGGAUAUUUUGCCCUCUUAUCCCAUUACUUAAGUAGUUAUGGUCUGAUUUAAAAGGAUUGUUCUUAAGACGUUUGUUCUUUGUUAUGAUUUUCCUCCAACUGUUGCUAUGCAUGCAAUUAGUUAUUGUUACCUCAAAAA